AUUAAAAUCCAGAAGAAGAAAUAGUCCAGGAAGGAAAAGUUACACGGAGCCGCAUUGUAUUUUUUUUUUUUUUUGGCUAUACGAACAGGUUUAAUACAUGACCGAACUCUUGUGACAGUGAAACUCUUCUCAAAAUACAACAAAACACUUUGCUGCUCAGUAGCAGCUCAACAGUUACUGAGAGAAAGAGGCGGCAGAUUGACAGCUAGCAGCUGUUACAGACCGAGAGCCGCAGGCCACUAUGGAUUCCUGGGUUCGCUUUAACGCCCAGAGCCAAGCCAAGGAGAAAGUUAUUAGGGCUGCUCAGUAUGCCUGCACGCUGCUGGGCUAUACUCUGCAAAAGGGCGGUGCAGCAGCUGAAGUCCGCAAAACCGUCAGUCAGCUGGAAGCACACAUGAGCCUGACAAGAAAAUUGCUGCGUCUGGGAAAUUCUGUGGAGGCACUGGAAGCUGCUAAGAGGAGCAUCCACCUUUCUGAUAGCGUUCUGAAGCUCUGCCUGACCAUCAGUCAUCUCAACAGAGCCAUGUACUUUGCCUGUGACAAUGUGUUGUGGACAGGAAGAUCAGGCCUCAUCUCCAAAUUGGACCAGCACAAAUGGAGUGAGAGGUCUUUCAGGUACUACCUCUUUUCUCUGAUCCUCAACCUGACUCGAGAUGUGUAUGAGCUCUGCCUUCUCAUGGAGAGUGAAGCACGUUACAGAAGUGCCAAAUCCUCAUCCUCACUCUAUCCCAGCAGUACUUCACCUGCUGACCAGCUGUCAUCCCCUUCCUCACCUGCCAGUCCCGCCAUUGUGGCUUUGCCUGUCAUGGGGACUUGGCUCCGCAGACAACUCCAUUUGGUUGCGACAGUACUGUAUAGCAACCCACCACUGCUGUUGGACCUGCUCAAGAACAGCUGCGAUAUCUUUAUUCCACUGGAUCGGCUGGAGAUUUACUCUACGGGACCAGGUUUUGUCGGGGCCUGUGGCCUGGUCUCCUCUGUCCUCUCUGUCCUCACCAUGGUCUACCCCUGGCUCAAACUCAAGCCAUAAACCCAGUUGUAUAAUGUAGUCCAUCUGAUGCUUCUGCUGUUGAUGUUGCUGCCAGCUUGAAAGUUCACUACAUCUGUCCUCAAAUAGUCAUAUGUAGUCAAUCUGAGGGAGUCACAUGGAGGACUGAGGCGGAAAUCUAACAAAGUGAACACACUCAUGGUUCUGUGAUGACAGGAGCUCCUAUAAUGUCAUCAUGCUUUGGAAAAGUGUUUGAGCAUUCAGAUUUUUAACAUUUUCUUUGAGUGACAGGUUGUGAGGACCGCUGAACCCCUAAGGGGUUUAUUUACACAUCACAGCUCAUCACUGACUUGCGUGUCUGAGCUGUCUUAGAUCAGUCCCCAGAGUAAUGAUCUAAUGCUUCAGACCCCAUUGUUCUCUCUCCACUGUUAUUAUGCUUGCAUAAAGUUCAUUUAAGUUAAUUUUCUUUUCAUCAUCUAAGGACCAUUUCAUAGCAUUAACAUAUGUUAUGAAAACCUUCACGCUGUAUUGCUUAGUUUAGUUGGUCCUCUGAAAUUUUAGCAGCCAAUGAUGCGUUUCAGUCUAGGUCUAAAAUGUUAUUAGGUUCUGCUUCAGCCUGUCUUCAUGUCUGACUCAGAUCAUGUUCGUGUGGCUCUCUAUGUAUCUUCUCAGGUGGUUCAGACAUAUGUAGGCCUUGGGACAGAUCUGGCAGUGGUCUCUAGGCACUUCAGGAAAUAAAGAUGAAGACCACCGUUAUGCAAAGAAACCUAGCCUAUUUAAAAUUUCCUUUGGAGUCAUUUUGAGCAAACACUACAGUGGGAUUGUGACUGCCAUUCUACACAUAUGCAUUCACAUGUCUCAUUGCUUUGACAUUUCAGCCAUUGUGUAGGUCAUAGUGCAGGAAGAUUAUUGAAAGUACAAAAGUACAUGGUUGUGGGCAGUUCUCCACAACACAUGAAAACCACACCGGCUGGUUACAAAAUGUAUCUUAAACCCUUGAUUUCCCUUGACAUAGAAUGGUUGGGCCAUUGAAGUCUAUAGAGUGCUGCUACAUCAUCGUUAACUUGGCAGACUAUACUAUACUAUAGGAUCUCUGCGCAGUUCUGCUGUCACUCCCUCGGACAGUAACCACUAACAGCUAGGGGUCGGGCCUCAUAGUGCCAUCUGUGUACUGAGCUCGUUUUGGUUUUAGGUUAAACAAAAUAAUUUACACAGGUCCAUCAUAGCCUUGACAAACACCAAGUAUUAUAUAUAUAUAUAUAUAUAUAUAUAUAUGUAUAUAUACACGAUAUAAUCUGUAAGUUUCUGCAAUCCAUCUUAAGGCUUCUCUUUCCCUGAGAGACUUAGAUUCUCAGUGGAAGGAAAUCCUAAACAUGCCAAAAGGACACAUUGAAGCAGCACAACAGUUUAAUGGAAUACUCAAAUAAUCAUAUGUAGUUACAUUUACUUCUGAGUCCAGUGAUACUUAUAUGAUUACUAGAUAUUUACACCAUCAAUAUUUUUUUUGCCAGCUUUCUUGUCUGACUUUGGCUGCAGCAGCUGUGUUGUUUUUAGCCGAUAUUAUAAUUUUCAAAUCCUCUUACUAAAUCCGUAAGAUUUAGUAAGAGCAUUUUGUUCUUGUGAAAUACAUAUGAACCUUUUGUGAGAACUUGCUUUGUAGUACAGGCCCUUGACCUCCAAUAUGUACACGCUCAAUAACAAACGCUGUCUUGAUGUUUGAUCGUCAUGACAUUCAAUCCUUAAUGAAAGAAACACCUUUCCUGGUCCAAAAGAAACAAGUUUUGUACACCUAUCUGCUAUUUCCAUUUACAUCUAGGGAGUCAGUGUUUUUAACAUUUCUCCUGAAUUCCACUUCUUGAAUUAUGAACCGUCAUUAAAUCUUGCACUGAUCUUUGA